AUGGCGCCCUCCCCUACCCCCGGGUGGUUGACCAACGAUGACCCCAGGUUCCCCUACCACCCUGAGUCUGCUGUGCGGCCCAGCGUCAUCAAGAGCCGCGGCAUGGAGAUCCUUCAGAACCCAGUGUAUAACAAGGGCACUGCACACUCCCUCGUGGAGCGGGAGAGGCUUGGCCUCCGCGGCCUGCUGCCGCCCUCUGUCCUGCCUGUCCAACGCCAGCUGUCACGGACCAUGGACAGAUACUGGCAUGGAUCUGACUUCAUCGACCCUUCCCAGGUGGACUCUGGGGGCGUUACCCACGAGCACACCCGGAAAUGGCUGGUACUGAGUGAUCUCCAGGAUCGCAAUGAGACACUCUUCUACAAGUGCCUGAUGGAUAACUUUGUCGAGAUGGCACCGAUUAUUUACACCCCCACGGUCGGCUGGGCCUGCAUGAACUACCACAAGCUGUACCGCCGCCCACGAGGCAUGUACUUCUCGGCCGCCGACAAGGGCAUGAUGUCAACCAUGGUCCACAACUGGCCCCACGAUCACGUGGACGCCAUCGUGGUCACCGAUGGCUCCCGGAUCCUGGGCCUCGGCGACCUGGGCUGCAACGGGCUGGGCAUUCCCAUCGGCAAGCUGGACCUGUACGUCGCGGCGGGGGGGUUCCACCCCAGCCGCGUGCUGCCCUGCGUCAUCGAUGUGGGCACCAACAACGAGGCCCUGCGCUGCGACCAGUGGUACAUGGGCCUGAAGCAGCCGCGCCUGGCGGGCGACGCCUACUACCAGCUGGUGGACGAGUUCGUGCAGGCGGUGAUGGGGCGCUGGCCGCACGCCGUGCUCCAGUUCGAGGACUUUGCGCUAGAGCACGCCGGCCCACUGCUCAAGCGCUACCGCGACCACCACACCGUCUUCAACGACGACAUCCAGGCACGCUGCGGUCGCGCUCACCUGACCCAUCUGAUUCUGGUCAAAGCUGGACAAACUCCGCAUCCCAACUCUCCUACCGCCACUACCCCAAACCCCACCUACCAGGGCACCGCCUGCGUCGCGCUCUCCGGCUUGUAUGGCGCGUUGCGCGUGCUGGGCAAGUCCCACGCUGACCUCACCGCCCAGCGCAUCCUGGUGGUGGGCGCAGGCAGCGCGGGCAUGGGCGUGGUGACCAUGAUUGCCAAGGGCAUGCAGGCGCACGGCCUGACGCCCGAGGCGGCCGCCGCCAACUUCCACGUCAUCGACGACCGGGGCCUGAUCACCACGGCGCGCGAGUGCCUGCCGCCGCACGUCGUGCGCUUUGCACGUUCCGACGAGCAGAGCACGGAGGGUGAGAGCCUGGUGGAGUGCAUCACGCGCGUCCGCCCGACGGUACUGAUCGGGCUGGCCGGCGCGGGGCGGCUGUUCACGCCGCCGGUGCUCCAGACGCUGGCCGCGUACUGCGACCGCCCCAUCAUCUUUCCCAUGUCCAACCCCACCGCGCGCAUGGAGUGCACUCAUGAGGAGGCCAUCCGCUACACAAACGGCCGCGCCGUGUUUGCCGCAGGGUCGCCCGAGCCGCCCGUGGUGUGGCACGGGGUCACCAAGGUCCCCUCCCAGGCCAACAACAUGUACAUCUUCCCGGGCGUCGCCUUGGGCGCGCUGCUGGCGCGAGCGGGCACGGUCAGCGACGCCAUGCUCAUGGCGGCAGCCGAGGCCCUGGCCGCCGAGACCAGGCCCGAGGAGCUGGAGCUGGGCAUGGUGUUCCCUAACAUGGACAGGAUAAGGGACAUCUCGGUGGCGGUGGCUACAGGGGUCAUCAAGGCGGCAGACGGCUUGAUCCAGAACAAGAAGCUGCUGGAGGCCAUCGAUGCCGGGCCAGAGGAGCUAAAGGCCUUCAUCCACAACCACAUGUAUGGAUUUUUAAGGGGGUUGUGGGGCAUUGUGGGGCUUAGGGAAGGUUGGACGGCCGGGGGCAAGAUGAUUGCUUGCACGCAACCCCGCCGCCUGGCUGCCAUGACCGUGGCGGCUCGGGUGAGCGAGGAGAUGGGGUGCAGCCUGGGCCGCGAGGUCGGCUAUGCCAUCCGAUUUGAGGACAGAACCGAGAAGGGCAGAACGUGCAUCAAGUUCUGCACCGAUGGUGUCCUGCUGCGUGAGAUGAUGUCUGACCCCUUGCUGACGGACUACAGUGUCAUCAUGGUGGAUGAGGCACAUGAGCGCAGCCUGGCAACAGACCUUCUGCUCGGGCUUCUCAAGAAAAUUCAACGACAGAGGCCAGACCUUCGCAUAAUCAUCUCCUCGGCGACCAUCGAGGCGGAGCGCAUGGCAGCGUUCUUCAGGGCUCCCACUGCUGCCAGCAAGCCACGGGGCCACCCCUUGCAGCACUCUGAGGCAGGCGCCGAUCAGUUCUCGGGGAACCCUGCCCUGCUCAGCGUGGAGGGCAGGGCCCACCAUGUCCAGGUGCACUACCUGGACGAACCCUGCUCAGAUUACCUGGCAGCGGCUGUGGAGGCGGCGCUGCAGGUGCAUCGCCAGGAGCUGCCGGGCGACAUCCUCAUCUUCCUCACGGGCCAGGACGAGUGCCAGGCGGCGGUGCGCCUGCUCGAGGAAGAAAGCCAGAAAUCGGGCCACAGGAGCGGCCAGCUGAGGUUGCAGGCGAUGCCGCUGUAUGCCGGGCUGCCGGCCGCCCAGCAGCUGGAAGCCCUGAGCCCAGCCCCACGAGGGGUACGCAAGGCCAUCGUGGCGACAAACAUCGCGGAGACGUCGCUGACGCUGGAGGGGGUGGUGUACGUCAUAGACUCCUGCUUCGCCAAGCAGCGCGCCUACAACCCGCUCACGGGCCUGCAGAGCGUCCUCAUCACGCCCAUCAGCCGCGCCUCCUCCGCCCAGCGAGCCGGGCGGGCGGGUCGGGUCAGGCCCGGCCACGCUUUCCGGCUGUGCACCGAGGCUGGGUGGGAGGCGCUGCCCGCAGCCACGGUGCCGGAGAUGCAGCGCUGUGACCUGGCUGGGGCUGUCCUGCAGCUCAAGGCCCUGGGCAUUGGCAACAUCAUGCGGUUCGAGUGGCUGGCACCGCCGCCGCCAGAGACCAUGAUUCGAGCGCUGGAGAGCCUGCAUGCCCUUGGGGCGCUAGGCUUGGAUGCAAAGUUGACAGCGCCCCUGGGAAACCACAUGGCUGCCAUGCCCCUAGACCCCUUCUUGUCCAAGAUGCUCCUGGAGGGCUGCAGCCGAGGCUGUGUUCAGGAGAUGCUCACCAUUGUGGCCAUGCUGUCUGUGGAGAGUAUCUGGGCACCCGGGAACAAGGUGGAGGUGGAUGAGGCCAAAGCAAGAUUUGGGGUGGCGGAGGGGGACCUCCCCAGCUUCUUGAACAUCUGGAAGGCCUGGCUAGCUCGUGUGCGGGACAAGCGCUGGUCGUACAAGAACUACGUUAGCCACCGCUCCAUGCUUCGAGCAGCCGACAUCCGUUUCCAGCUGGAGUCGCACCUGAAGAGGGCAGGCCUGGACUGGAGGUCCACAGCCUUGGGUCCUGGGGCACAGGGCGACGCAGCGUCAGGGCUGCUGACUGUUCGCAAGGCCUGUGCUGCUGGGCUGUUCAUGCAGGCGGCCCGACUCACAGAGGAACUCGUCCUUGAUAAAGCAGAUGCUCGAGAUGCGGGUGCCAGUGUGUACCGCCUGGUCCGAUCUGGCGGGGGCGAGGCAGCUGCCGCGAAGCUGCGCAUACAUCAUUCCAGCGUCCUGUUCCGCUGUCGGCCAUCCUGGGUCUGCUUCUACGGCGCAGAGCAGAAUAACACUGGGUGGUAUGAGAUGAGGGACAUAGCUGUCAUAGAACCAGACUGGUUAACAGAACUGGCACCACACAUGUAUGCCAUGGUCCAUGCGCACCGACACUGA